ACAGACAUCACAACAGGACAGAGAAAGCAGCCAUGUAGGCUUAUAGUAGAGCGAGGGACCAGACACAAACACAAUGUUCUAUACUCUGGAAACUGUUCUGAUUCCUGAUCUCUAUCAAAUAAAAAAGGAAUUUGAUCUCAUUGAUAUAAUAGAAUGGUAUAGUCGACUUCUACUAGAACAUGUAACAAAACCUCGUCAUCUACGUGGACUUCCCCUGUCACUGUUUGUGUUAAAAGAUAUGUAUGGUAUGAAGAAACGGCUGAGAGAAUCACGAAUUCCUGAGAUUAUAGAUAUCAUUUCCUGUUUAUGUGAUGUAGCUUGCUUUGUUCAUCUAAAUAUUGAAAUGGAAGGUGUACAGUUUUGUAAACCUCAACAACAGAAAAAAUCGUCGUUCGAAGGAACAUUUCUCCAUGGUCAGAACAAGAAUAAAUCGAACCUACUGAAAUUGAUGAACAAACACGCUGAUCUUUUCCCAAAACUUCUGUGUACCAAAGUGAAAUUUGGAGGUGUACGGAGAGACUUGGGCUUAUGCGAGAGAAGUAUACGUAAUUUCGAAAAAAGUGAAGAGCCCGGAUUAAACGUAAACAAAGUAGUAGAAGAAAGAUUUCUAGCCAAAAAAUUACAAAACUUGAAAUCAAAAGACAGCAAAGAACUGAAGAAAAUGGAGAAAGUCAUGUCGGAGUUUGAAGAGUUAGGAGGAGAAAUAAUGAAGCUCGCUAACAUUAUACAGGAACAGAUUCUAAGAAGAACGAAGGACCAAAUGAACAGUAUCCAUAACAACUUAAAAACUAUAUUGUGUACCUGCAAAUUAGACAACAAAUACGAGAUAGUAGACAACACACUCAGUUCGUAUUGGAAGGGAGAUAUAUCAGAACACAUCUACAAAUAUUACAGCGAUAUAUACAAGUUUCCUGUCAUAGAAUCUACGACGACUUUUACAAAUUGGGGAUACUUGUUUCAUCUUCAACCCACCAUAUUACAUCGUAAACCCAGAAGUGACGAUGAAAUUGAAAUUAUAUUCCUGAACUCUAGCUAUGGACGGAUUUUCUCUUCCUCUAACUGUAAACACCUAGUAUCUUCAAGUUACAAAGUACAUGAACAUGGAGUAAUUAAAGAGAAGCAAGAUGUCAGUGUUAAAUGUAAACUAUGGCUUCUAGCUAAGACAGUUGGCUUUGGAUGGUACAGGAAAUAUUAUAUAGGAAAGAAGAGAUGGGGAAUAUUUACUAACCCAGAGUCAUUAGAUUUGACUUCUUAGUCUCAGGGGAAUAAAGUUUAUGUAUAACUGUCA